UGACCCGUUUAAGCGUAAAUUCGCGUAUUUAAAGUCAUUUUAUCCACUUUUAAUGCAACUUUAUACCUUCUAAAUAUGUCUGAAAUUUCCUCAGUCGAGUGUUUGAGAGACUUUGUUAACGAGCGACUAACGGCUGCAGCUGAAGAGAUAUUUGGAGCUUUUAAAAGAACUCUCGUCGACUACGAAGAUGAGAUCGAGCGUCAGCGCAGACUGCUAGAUAUUGUCUGGAAACCUUAUGUUAAGUUACAUAAAAUAGACAAGCCACAGCAAGAUGUAGUCGUAUAUAAGGAGGAGGAUGAUUUCUCUGACCAGCGGGAGAUUAGCCCAAGCCUGGACGAAGAGGACCCAGAGCCUCCGCAGAUAAAAGAAGAACAGGAGGAAAUCUCCACCAGUGAGGAGGGAGAGCAGCUUGAACUUAAGCAGGAGGCUGAAAGCUUUGCGUUGCCUCUUACUAGUGAGAAAAGUGAGCACAGUGAACCAGAAACAGACACUGAUCACCAGUUCCUCACUGACAACUCUUAUUUUACUGAGAACCAAGAUCCAGAAAGCAGUGGUCAUGAGGACUCGGCAACAACUGAAACCCCAAAACUAAAACAGAGACUUCAAAAAAGCACAACUGAUGCCCCUAAAUCAUCAGAGAAUUGUGUAACGGGUAAAAAGUCUUUCACAUGUGACACAUGUGGUGAAAGUUUUAGGGGUAAGUCAGACUUACGGACACAUCAACGUGUCCACAGAGGUCAAAAGAUACAUACAUGCAAGGACUGUGGGAAAAUAUUCAGUUACUUGUCAAUACUGAUAACUCACUCAAGAAUCCACACAGGUGAGAGACCGUAUUCUUGUACAAUCUGUGGAAAAGAGUUCAAAUUUAGCCACGCACUGAAUGCUCAUAUGAAAACCCACACAGGUGAGAAGCGGUAUUCCUGCAGCAACUGUGGGAAAAAAUUCUGUCGGAGGUCAAACUUGAACAGUCAUAUUCUGAUUCACACAGGCGAAAAGCCAUUUGUUUGUGAAACAUGUGGCAAGUCUUUCAGAUUAAAGAGCAGCUUUAGAAUCCACAUGGCAUCACACACAGGUGAGAUGUUAUACUCCUGCAGCUCCUGUGGAAAAAAAUUCUUUAAGGUGUCUAGUUUUAAUAGACACGUAAUAAAUCACACAGGUCAAAAGUCAUAUAAUUGUGAAACAUGUGGCAAAUCCUUCAAAACAAAAUAUUACGUGAAAGAACACAUGAGAUUGCACACAGGUGAGAAGCCGUAUUCUUGCAAAGUAUGUGGAAAAAAGUUUCCAUCCAGUCGUGUGUUGAGAAGUCAUAUGAUAACCCACAAAAGUAAGAAGCAGUACUCCUGCAGCAUCUGUGGAAAGAGCUUUGGGCUAAAGUCAAAUCUGAAAAGACACAUUAAGAUUCAUGCAGCUGAGGAAGCAACCAAAGAGCACCCUGAGGAAGACUUUUCAGGAUUAUCAGAAAUGAGAGUUUGAAUAAGGAGAUCCCACAGUAGUGAGAAAGUCAUACCUUUGCAAGAUGCUUUGAAUAAUCUGACUUCAGUCUCAGUGGGGAUUUCAUCAGGCCUGUGCUGAUACUUCUAAAUGGAUGAAACAACACCUCCUUCAAUAUUACCUUUCAAAGACUGAGCGUACGUUCAUCUCAGCCCUGCAACCACAGACUGAUUUACAGCUUGGAUCAACCAAACUCAUACCCAUGUGGUCUGCUGAGGACGCAUCAUUGAUGGUCAACUAACCCAUAAGACAUUGUUUUCCAGUUUGGGGUCAGCAAAAAUCUGAAGGAUUGCACAAGGCUUUAUCUGCUGUGGGAUUGUAAAAGUUAGUUUUUCAAAUAUUAAUUAGCUUAGCUUUUCUUGGAUACAAGUAGGGGGAUUCCAAGUAGAAACAGGUUGGGAAAUGCUGCUUUAAAAUUCAUGUGGCCUUGAUUGUCGGGUCAUGUUAAUUCCCCAGUACAACAUCAGAGAGUUCAGACUCUACCUGCCAGAUCAUACAACACUCUCCUGGUACACGCUCUUGUAUACUGCAUGUUGACUGUGUCAGUGCCUUAAUGGCAGGUCUUCCUGCUUGCACACUCAAACCUGAUCCAAAAUGUACUAGCAUAGCUGUAUGUUUAACUCCCUCCACUCCCUGUUGUAUGUGUAUAAAACAGCGUUUCCUCAUCCAGGUCUACAGUCCACCCCUCAUAGGUGAACAACUCUUGUUCUCUAGAGUUCCAUGGUGGUUAAAUCAGUCACCAAACUGGACAGUCCUUUUCCAUUUUUAAGAAAAGCUUAAGUCCCAGCAUUUUCAUGAGCAACUUCAGUGAUGAUA